AUGGUCCGUGCACAUGUCAGGGUAUUUCAGAGUCGAUGUUGCUCGAGAGGCGCAACUGCUGCCCAGCCGAUUGCCGCACAAAGAGAACCUAGAACAACAACGCGCGCGGCGGCGCCGCGCACCCCAGCAGCAGCGGACACAUUGCCAACCAGGGGCAACAGCAGCGCUCCCCGUUCUCUCGAGAGCGAGGCGGUAGCCAGGGCUGCAGCAGCGACGGCGAUAAGACCGCGUCGGCCGUUCUCUCCUCCUCGCCGGUUGCUGCGGAAUCGGCCUGCGGAGGACGGCAAGCGCUUCGUUCGCGUGGCGCAGCGGCUGGGGGGCCAGGGCAAGUGGGAACGAGUCCUUUCCCUGCUGAGACAGGCGGAGGGAGACGGCGCCGUCGUGAACCACAUCAUGUACAACGCCGCGAUCGGCGCCCUCUCCAAGAGCGGGCGGUGGAAGGAGGCGACGUCGGUCUUGGAAUCGAUGCCGGGAAAGGGCGUCGCUCCGGACGUGGUGAGCUACGGGGCGGCGAUUGAGGCGUGCCGGGCGGCGCGGGGAGGUAGGCCCGACGAGGCCUACGGCAUCCUCUCGCGGAUGACGGCGCGGACGGGAGGCAAGAGCGUCAAGCCGAACAUGCGCUGCUUCAACACCGUCCUCGCGGCCUUCGCGAAGAGCGGCAGGUCUCGGCAGGCGCUCUCCCUCGUGGAGGAGGACAUGGUGAACGCCGGGGUUAAGCCGGACCUCUUCACGUGGUCGACCUUGAUCGACGCCUACCGAGCGGCCGGCGAGAGCAGCCGCGACGCCGCCGAGCUGCUGGGGAGGAUGCGCGAGGCUGGGGUCGAGCCGGACGUGUGGUGCUUCAACAACUGCCUGAACGCCGCGAGGCGGCGGGGCGAGUGGGAGCUCGCGUUCGGCCUCCUGGAGGACAUGGGCGCGGCGGGGGUGGAGCCCAACUGCUGGAGCUACUCCGCGGUGAUGAAGGCGUGCGUCAACGCGGAAGAGUGGACGCUGGUACCGGCGCUGCUGCGCGCCAUGAAGGAGGGCGGGAGCACCGCUCCGCCGAACGUGUGGAACUUCAACAUCUGCCUCGACGCCUACGGAAAGUCCGGGGAGUGGGAGAAGGCCGUGAGCCUCCUGCGGAAGGACAUGCCGGCGGCGGGGGUCGCGCCCGACGUCACCAGCUACUCGUCCGCGAUCGACGCAGCUGGGAAGGCCGGGGAGUGGGACACCGCGCUCGCCCUGUGGGACGAGGCCCGGGCGGCCCUGCCGCCGUCCGCCCUCAACUCCCACGCCUACAACAUCGCCAUCGGCGUCUGUGGGAAGGCCGGCCUGGCGGACCGGGCCCUGUCGCUGCUGUCGGAGUCGCGGGCGGCGGCUGGUCUCCCGCCCAACCUGCGCUCCUUCAACGCUGCCAUCGAUGCCUGCGCGCGGGCCGGGCGCUGGGAGCGGGCGCUGUCCCUCCUGCGGGAAAUGGAAGAGGCCGGCCUCGAGCCGGACGUGGUUUCGUUCACCUCAGCGAUCGCGGCGUUCAGGGGCGGGAAGGCGGCGGCGGCGGCGGCGGCGGCGGCGGCGGCGGGGGAGCGGGAGCUGAGCCUGGCGCUGGGGCUGUUGGAGGAGAUGAAGUCGCGGGGCCUACCCCCGACGAGCUUCUCCCACUCGGCCGCGAUCAAGCUCUGCACGGACGCCAACCAGCACGAGCGGGCGCUGGAGCUGUUCGAGGAGCUCAGGGCCUCGGGCCAGGCGGCCGACGAGCCGGCGUUCACGGCCAUCAUCGACAGCUGCGCCCGCCACAGCGGUAGUGGUAGCGGCGGCGGGGAAGGUCGGUGGGAGACCGCGGUAGCUCUCCUGGAUGAGAUGGAGGCGUCGGGCGUGGCGCCGAGCGUGGCCACGUUCAACGGGGCCAUUCGGGCCUGCUGCAACGGCGGGAAGUGGCACCUGGGGAGCUCCUUGCUGAGGAGGAUGUCGGCGGUCGACGGGGUCGACCCCAACGUGUCCAGCAUGAAUGCCCUCAUUAGGGGCUUGAGUUGA